GCUUCAGUGUCUUCGCUCUUAAAAACCUUCUUCUCUCUUCUUUUCAAAAAAAAAAAAAGCUCUACGCGCCAUGUACGGUCAUAGUAACACAACAUUUUCACGCGCCGACUUCGUUCUCGGCCACUAUCCACCGUCUCCAGAAGGUGCUGCCCCAUCCCCACUGAUAUCGGGCCAGUUUCUGCCGCCAGCUCACUUAAUCGUACCGGACCAGCUGGCAGGAGGAGGCUUCGACUUUGGUAGCAGUACUAACAGUGGGUGCAGUAGCUACAGUUCGCCGAGUUCGCUCGCUAGUUGUGGAACGAAUCAGCAAACGAGUUUGAUCCAGAGGAGUAUUAGUAGUCAUUCUCUUCAAAAGAACGGGUACCAUUGUCAUUUCACCUGUCCUCAGGAUUUCCUCGACUUGGACACCUGCCCUGUUAGAAGAGUUUUUAGCACCGGUGAUUUGCAGCAUGGGCAUAAGGCAGACAGUCCAUUAUCAAGUGAGAGCAGUGUGAUAAUUGAAAGUAUGAGCAAAGCUUGCAAAUACAGUCCAGAAGAGAAGAAAGAGAGAAUUGAGAGGUACAGAAGCAAGAGGACUCAAAGGAACUUCAACAAGAAAAUUAAGUACGCGUGUCGGAAAACGUUGGCGGAUAGCAGGCCUCGAAUCAGAGGUCGAUUUGCCAGAAAUGAUGAAAUUGAGAAAAAUCCUCAAGCUCAAUGGAGCAAUAUAAGUGGGGAAGAAGAUGAGGAUUAUGAUGAUAAUUGGAGUGAUUUUCUGGAUGCAUUUUCAGCAAAUUCAAUUCCAUAAUUAAUCUUGUAAAAAGGGUUAGCUGGAUGGUUGUAGCUACAUGUGCUAAAUCCUUUUUUUUAGUUUCCUAGUAUAUUUUUCUAAUUCUAGCUAGCUAUUAUAUUAUAAUUAUAAUAAUAAUUAUUAUUAUCAUGCAAUUUGAAGUGUUAUUUAGCUUGGAAGUAGGAGAUGUAAAUAUAGUUUGUUUGUUUCUGAUUCUUAUAUAGUUGAGUUGAUUAUGAUGACAAUUGUAUUGUCUAAGUUUUAGUCCAAUAAUAUU